AUGUGCCAUGAUAAUAGUUUGGUGUAUAAUGAUUUGGUUAGAAAAGGCCUGAUAGUCAAGGAUGGAAUGAAUUACGGAGCAACAUUCAGUAUAUACGAAGAUGACCCUGAACAAUUUCAUGGGCAUGGAUUAGUUUUUCUGAAGCAUUCAAAUGAGGAACUUAAGAUCAGUUCAAUAAUUCGGUGGAAUAGAAUCUCGACAUUUGCAAACAAAAAGAAUUUGACCGGAUGGAAUAUAAGAUUCAGCAAUCAACCAGGAAAAGGAGAAUCAUACUACUCUGAAGAACAAAUUCCAACUGAACGGUCAGAACACUCACUCCUUAAGGUUCCCUCAGGACUUCACUGUGGUCCAGCAGGAAGAAGAACACUAAUUAAAUGGCUAGAAGGUAAUGGCGAUUUAAAACAAAAAUAUUGUGUUUUAGACAAUUAUAAGCUCAGCAGAGGCAUUAAUAAUGCAAACCCUGGAGUUAUGGCGUGCCGACUUUGGCAGGAGUCACAAGGAUUGCCAGAUGAAGUUUCGAAGGCUAUUGUUGGCCUACUGAAGCUACAAGGGAUACCAACAAACAUUACAUACAGAGUAUUGUUUGAAAAUUACUUGUCAAAACAGCUCUCAUCACUGAUGAAAAGACAUUCAGAUUCACAAGAAAAAUUGUCAAUGUUGGCAGAGAAGAUGAUUUCCAUGUUCCAAGUCACGCAAAUACAGCCGUUGAUUGUGGAUGUACUCGACUUAUUAGUGGAAAUCCCACAAUCGGCAAUGGCCAAAAUACUAGAAGACACAUACUCAUCGCAUCAUUUUUACAAAAUCAGUACACUUAAUAUAAAGCGUAAAAUAUGGUCAGCAUCACCAGAAAAGUUAAACGAGACGAUAAUACCCUUGAUUUUAAAGGCACUUUUCCUACUAAGAUUAGGAAUAUUUGAUGACCAAAUGGGCAAUUUGUCCUCAAACGAGAAUCUAAAUGAGUAUAAUAUGUUGAUUGGGCAGAUGUUGCAAUUGAUUGGAGACCCUCAGGCAGAAUGUAGCCGAAUUGUUUACUGCCAAACGGUUACAAUACUAAAACUUCUAUUUAUUAAAAGCUCACUGCAAUAUAAAACGAAUACAAUUAAACAUACGAAUGUAGUUAAUGCAAAUGAUAGUAGGAAUAAAUCAGGAACUAAUAAGAAUGUAGAAGAUAGAAUGGUGAAGGUGAGUAAGACUGCAGAAUGUAGUUUAACAUUUCAAAGUGAAAGGUUUUCUGAAGUUAAAAAUAAGAAUCUGGACCUUCAUUACACAAAAGUGCUACCACAAGAUUUGUGUGACCUAUACACAAAAUAUGCAAAUAAAACUAUCGGACUUUCGUAUUCAUAUAUAACACACUCAACGAAUAACAAAAUAAACUAUGAUCUAGAAGAAAUUGUUGAAUCUAACAGAUCAUUGAAUGAUACGUUCCACUCUACAGAUACAGCUAAAUCUGAAUAUAGAACCAAGUCAAUGAAUGAAACAACAGAUUCAGUGAAAAUUGAAAAUAUAUUGGAAAAUGUAAUAAGUUCAGAUAUUGAUAAUGAUUUGUUGUAUCCGGAUAGAGGAGAACACUACUAUAGCUUAAUAAGAUAUUCAUUGGCAAUGAAAUGUCAGGAGAUGUACAAGAUCACAAACGCUAACAUGAAGCUGAUAGAGCCUAACUUCAACUUAUUACAACUAAUUAAUAAGGUCCACAACUCUGUGGACAAUAAUCUUCCGACAGAUGAACUAAUUUCAAUGAUUAAUAAAAAUAAUACAUACAAUAUUACAGUCAAGGAUGAUAUGGAAUUAUUCAAUAUAUCAUUCAUACUGUGUAAUCCAUUACUGUAUAAUAAAGUUGUAUCAUAUUUUGUAUACUAUUUGUUCAAUAUGGACAUGAUGCUCCUGACAUCGAAGGUAGAAAUUGGAUAUUGGAUUGCAUUAAUUUCACUGGGACUUUCGUGUACAUAUAUCGGAAUUGUCAAAUUCAUCCUAGAAUCACAAUUAAACAAUGUUAUGAAAAUAAAUGAUGAUGAUUUGGACUUGAAGAAGAGUGUGUCAUAUUUGAAACAGUAUAUAAAAGUGUGUAAACCAGUUUCACUCAAAAAGUUGCUAAAGUAUAUAUAUCCAAUAGAGAAGGAUAGCAGACUAUUUAUACUCAAGGUCCCGCCUUUUUUCUCUAACUUUUUAACCUCUAACUUGACGUCACAAAACUCGUCAGACAAUAAAAGUGAUAACUCGAUUCAUGAAGACUCAGUUAAGAAUCCGUUUAGAAGAUUAGGUGAAUUUAGGAUUGAGUUUGAUGAUAAAGAAGGUUCUGCAUAUAAAAUAUUCGAGGGUGACCCUGACACCUCUUUCCACAGCUUGUUAAUUUUAUACUUGCCAAAACUGGACUCUAAAAGCGUAAAUGAGUUCAAAGGCUCAUCAAGAAGCUUUCUUAACCUGUUUCGAAAUGAUCAAGCAGAAAAUAGCCCCAAGGAUACACCCAGUCGUACGCCUCUAAGAUUCACUGAUGAAGAGAACAAGAAUAUCAUACUGAAAAUACUGGAACAAUUCGACCACCAGAAGUUCGAUUCAUACUCCCAUAUUGGGAAUUUGCUGUCACUAACUAACAGACACUAUUCAAGCGUUAAGUCGGCACAAACAACGAUAGGACAAAUUAACCUAGCACUGCUCAACAUAUUUCUAGAGAAACUAUCAACAUUACCCUAUACAAUGCUGAACACACUCUCCUCAACUUCAAAUAUUACAAAAUUACUCUUCAAAAUGGUGUCAAUAGAGUUGAUAAAAACGAGUUUGAAGAACGUUGAUGGAUUGAACCAGAAUUCGGAAGGGUUGAAGAAAUUCAUAUCAUCAGAUAGGUUUAAAAGAGAGGCGGUGGUUAACUUUAAGACGCCAACGGAUUAUUUAUACCUAAAGUUGUUGGCAACAAUAAUGUUCUCAGAUACAGUAAAGCCUAAGGACCCGGUUUUUAAGUUCGCAGAGAAUGUUUCAAACUAUAGCAUAUGUACUUCAUUCAUACUUUUGUACUAUUACAAGAAAUACGGAAAGGAUAAAUCUACAGAACAAACAUUAGAAAGGCUUUCAAAGAACUGUCAUAAAAUCUUGUAUGAUAAGGAGAAUAAAAAUAACCCGUCUUACCCAUAUAGGAAGUGGAGUUAUUUAUUCCAGGAGAUCAACAAGGAUUAG